AUGGUUCAGUUUAAACUUAUGACAAUGGAAGCUCUUCUAUCCAAAUACCUUUCUUUCAAUAACCUCUCUGUCAUAUCUGAAAACGCAAUCUCUUCCACACAAUCCUUAGCAACCAUAGCAUUAAUUCUAAUAUUGCUUUGCUUCUGUUUCAGACCUGCAAGUGUGUACCUUCUUGACUAUGUUUGUUACUCGCCUCCCGAUCAUCUGCGCAACCCUUACUCUCAUAUGAUAGAACACUUUGAAAUGUGCAAUUUUGACCCAGAAAACAUAGAUUUUGAAAUGAAAGUGUUGGAAAGAUCCGGUAUUGGAGUUGAGGCUUGCAUGCCAGAAUCAGUUCAUGAGCUCCCCCCAGAUGAUUCCAUGAAGCCUGCACAAGCAGAAGUUGAAUUGGUUCUUUUCAGAAUUGUCGAAGAUCUACUAUCCAAACACAAAGUGCAUCCUAAAAACAUUGACAUCCUUGUGUCAAAUUGCAGCCUAUUCUGUCCUACACCGUCCAUUACAUCAAUGAUCAUAAACAAGUUUGGAUUCAGGAGCAACAUAAAGAGUGUCAACCUGAGUGGAAUGGGUUGCAGUGCUGGAUUGUUGUCAAUAAACUUGGCCAAAGAUCUGCUGAGAGUUCAUAAAAACUCAUUGGCUUUAGUUCUUAGCAUGGAGGCUGUAGCUCCAAAUGGCUACAGAGGUAAUGACAAGUCGAUGCUUAUUGCAAAUGUAUUGUUUCGGAUGGGGGGAGCAGCCAUUUUACUAUCUAACAGAAGACAAGACAAGGCAGUGGCCAAGUAUAAGCUUCAGCAUCUUGUGAGAACACACAUGGGAUCAAAUGACAAAGCAUAUCAGUGUGUUUACCAGAAACCUGAUAAAAAUGAAAUUGUGGGUGUUUCACUCUCACGAUCACUUCUUACUGUAGCUGGUUCAGCUUUGAGGACCAAUAUAACAGCCUUAGGUCCUCUUGUCCUGCCAUAUUCAGAGCAGCUGCGCUUUGGAUGGUCAGUAAUUUGCAGGAAAAUAUGGGCAAGGGGGAAUAAGGAAAUCUAUGUCCCAAAUUUCAGGAAGGCCUUUGAGCAUUUUUGUAUACAUGCUGGUGGUAAGUCGGUCAUAAAUGCUAUAGAAGAAAGUUUGAAGCUGCAGAAGGAAGACAGCGAAGCCUCAAGGAUGGCAUUAUACAGAUUUGGUAAUACUUCCUCUUCUUCUCUGUGGUACGAGCUUUGCUAUUUGGAGGCAAAAGGAAGAGUAAAGAAAGGAGACAGGAUCUGGCAAAUUGCCUUUGGAAGUGGAUUCAAGUGUAACAGUGCAGUUUGGAAGUGCCUCUCGGAUACAGAUCUGAAUGUAAGGAAUGCAUGGUCAGAUAGAAUCCAUUUGUAUCCAGUCGAGACACCUGUGUUUGACUGUUGA